AGAGCAAAGGGAUUUUGCAGACGACGUCUUAUUACAGAGCAGACUCCUUGGAGAAGCUGCACGGAAAUGCUGUCCCUAAGCUCGAUUGUCCCCCUGCUCAUCCUCUGUCUUCUGGUUGUCCAACUGGUGAGGCUCCAGUUUCAGAGAAGACACUACCCACCUGGACCGACCCCUCUGCCUUUCAUCGGGUGCUUAUGGAACCCCAGAUUUUUCCAAUUACGCCGGGAACUCUUGACGGAGUUGUCCAAGAUCUACGGGAAUAUCUUCACAGUGUGGUUCGGGCCCUACCCUGUGAUUAUAUUACAUGGCUUCCGAGCUGUGAAAGACGGUCUCACCACCCACCCUGAAGAUGUUUCUGGCCGGCCUCUGUUCCCCUUUUACAAAGCAUUGGCAAAUAACAAAGGAAUUCUGCUUUCCACGGGCCGGACCUGGAAGCAGCAAAGACGAUUUUCAAUGACAAGUUUGAAGAGCCUCGGCUUGGGGAAGAGUGCUCUGGAGUAUGAGAUCCAAGACGAAGCAGAGAGAUUGGUGGAAGCGUUCAGAAAAAGUGAAGGAAAACCCAUGAAUCCUCAUUUCUUCCUGAACCUCUCAAUUUCCAACGUGAUUUGUGCGCUGGUCUUUGGCCAUCGUUUCUCCACCGAAGACGAGACUUAUCAUCACCUGCUGGAAGCCAUAGAGACGAUUUUCAGGGCUUCUGACAGCAUCGCGGGUAACCUGUACAAUGUUUUCCCCGGGAUUAUGCAGUGGGUCCCAGGGCCUCAUCUGAAGGCAUUUUCCUCAUGUGGCUUUGUUCAGGCAUUCAUAAGAGAGGAGAUCAAGAAACACCAAGAAGCAGACCCGGGAGAAAAACAAGACUUCAUUCAUUUGUACCUGGAUGAAAUAGAGAAAGUGAAAAACCAAUCCAAAUCGUCCUACGAUGAAAAAAACAUGGUUCAGUGCAUCUUUGAUCUCUUCCUGGGAGGGACAGAUACCUCAGCCACCACUCUCUACUGGGCAUUGUUAUAUAUGGUACUUUAUCCUGACAUUCAAGCCAAAGUUCAGAAGGAAAUAGAUACCCUCCUAACACCGGGUCAGUCGAUCUGUUACGAGGAUCGUAAGAAACUUCCGUACACAAACGCUGUGGUGCACGAAAUCCAGCGCUUUGGCAACAUCAUUUCGAUUGGAAUGCCCAGACGCUGCAUAAGAGACACAAAGAUCCAGAAGUUUCACAUUAGGAAGGGCUCCACCUUUUUCCCGAACAUGGCGUCGGCCUUGUAUGAUCCCAACGAAUGGGAGACACCCCUCACCUUCGACCCGAACCAUUUCCUUGACAAGGACGGGAACUUCAUCUGCCCAGAAGCUUUCAUCCCAUUUUCUUUAGGUCAUCGAGCAUGUUUGGGAGAAAAUUUGGCAAAGACAGAGCUCUUCCUGUUCUUUAGCAACCUUGUGCAAACGUUCAAUUUCCACUUGGCCGAAGGAUCAAAAGAUAUAAAAAUUGAGCCGAUCUGGGGAGGCACUCUGAAGCCUCAUUCCUUUGACAUAUGUGCCAUUCCUCGAUAAACCCAAAUGGCAGGCCUGAACAGCAGCUGUGGAUACUGGGACUGGGAAUCCAAGCAGCUGGGUUACCAUCCUCCAACUUUUGCCUGAAAAUAAAGCCAGUUUGCAGCCUUCUUUGUUCUGGGAGAAAAAUGUAUGCAACCUGGUCUCGUUCUGCAACAUGGGCUUUUGAAUACAGCCAGGCAGACAACAUCAGCAUUGGGAGGUUCUCUAUCUUCUUGUCAUUUAUCAGGGGUGGGUUCUACUUAUCUUUACUACCGGUUCACAUCGCGCCCAUGCGCACGCUCUUCUACCCAUGUGCAGAAGCUUCUGCACAUGCGCAGAUCACUUAUCAUGACAUCCGGGUCAGUGGGUGGAAGCUCCCGCCCAGGGGUGAAAUCUAAAAAUUUUCCCUACCAGUUCUGUGGGCGUGGCUUGAUUGGUGGGCGGUGGCUUGGUGGUCAGGUGACUGAAUGGGCAUGGCCAAUAAUAAUAAAUAAUAAAAACAAUAAAGUAUACAAAACUUGGAAGCGCACCGGUCUACCUUCUUUAAAAAUAGAAGCAUCGGUCUACUAAUUGCUUUUUUUUGGAAAGCACUGGUCUACCUUCUUUAAAAAUAGAAGCACCGGUCUACUAAUUGCUUUUUUUUGGGAAGCACCGGUCUACCUUCUUUAAAAAUAGAAGCACCGGUCUACUAAUUGCCUUUUUUUGGGAGGAAUCGUCCACCUUCUUUAAAAAUAGAGGCAUCGGUCUACUAGCUGCCUACAGCGCUGAUCAGCUGUAGUGCGGCCCUUUGAAGCGCCGUGGUAGUCAUUUAAGGCCGUUUGCAGCUAUAUUACCACCGAGAGCUUCAGUGACAGAGAAGAGGAACA